GCGGGUUUCGUUCUCGCGGCGACGCAAAACUAGCCCAAACCAGCCCAAUUAAAUUUUUUGCUAUCUAUACAGUUCAAACAAUCACGGUAAGCCUCAGCGAGCACUUUGUAUUACCGUUAAAACUCUAUGUGAAUAUUCUAAGCGCAGGUAGCAGUAGGUAUGAGCAGCAGAGGCUGGGUGGUUGGUAGGCUUGACUUGCAGCAGCUUGGCGGAUUAAGCGGAAUGACAUAAUAACGCGGGGCGGGGCUGGCUGCGUACGGGAGGAAAGACGCGGGCUAACAACACCCCAUGGACUUUUUCUUGGCCUUGUAAUGGACUAGGCAUAGGCGAGAGACACGUGUGUAGAUGUGUGUAAUGCAGGGCAAGCCUGUGAAUACUGGGACUCCGCACCACGUUAAAUAACAAUGAGUGUCCUGGCUGACCUAUUUUCUGCCUUGUACCAGUUCUGACGGUGGUGACGCGAUGGUUACCUUGCCUUGCGUGGGCGAUGAGGGGAGUGGAUGCGUAAUAGAUGGAUUAAGCAGGAGAGACGAUGCAAAUACAGUUCUGGUUGUAUAUAGUAUAUAUGUUAUAUAUAAUACAUAUGUUAUGUAAUCACAGCCCUGAUAUGAACAUGGAAGAUAUGAAAGGAUGAGAGAAUUAGAUAUACGUGAAAAUCAUAAUUGAGUAGCUACAUCAAUCAGUACCGCACUACCUCCUCCACGUGCCGCCCUGAGCCGUGUCACCUUUCCGCCUUUGCAGCCCUCCAGCCGACACACAUAUCUGUCCCGCGCUCUGCCUGGGAACAUCUGUGGCUGCGUGUUUUUAGUCCUCCCUCUGGAAUGUGAGUGCUUCCGGCCAUUACGAGCUAAAAACUGUGUGACACAGGCCGGAAGAGACAGAGGGAGGCAGGAAGUUUAAAGGGAGAGCGGGAGGAAGGGCACGUGCGACGGGCGGCUCCCAAAAUAGUGUGGCGAGCAGCAGUGUGUUAGUGCCCGGCCGCAGUGCUCGCCCGUCAGCCGUCCACGCCCACACGCCCGCUGGUGCUUGCAGGCACGACGUGGCCGUGGACUGACGCCUUCUGUGCGGUGUUCUGCAGGUGGUGGCCGCGCCGAGGACGGCAGCAGUGAGGUGCCACAAGAAGUGUACAGCGUGCAGUGCCACGCCCCUACCUGCCCUGCCUGACUGGCCCUCCUUUGUGUUGUUUGUGUAGAGAUGUGAGCUGUGACCCGUGCAGAGGCCAAGGUGUCCCCGGCAGGGGUCAGGCUGCCCGCAGGUCAUGGCCGGUGAGGGGGAGUUAGAGGCCGGGGCGGGAGUGUUGGAGGAGCGCCUGCGAGGGCUGUUGGCCCACAACCCCGCCUGGCUGGGGCCCGAGGCAGCGCCGCCCUGGUGUGCUGACCUCAGCCUGAGUCAUGAGGAGCUGCUGGAGCGCACCCGACAGUGGAGGGAGGAAGGAGGUGGCGUGACGGGCCCUGCGGCACCGCCCAUGCGGGUGGUGCAGAGUGAGGAGCUUGGGCGACACUUGGUGGCGGCGCGGGACAUAGCGGCGGGCGAGGUGCUGCUGGUGGAGCCGCCGCUGCUGCUGUCGCUGAGGGAGAGGUCGCCGCCCUCGUGCCUCACCUGCUUCAGGCGAGCCAUCACCUACACCUGCCCUGCCUGCGGGUUUUUCCUGUGUGGGCCGGAGUGCGGCGCAGCGGCGCACGCCGAGGAGUGCGCCGUGCUGGGGAGGCUGGGCCUGGGACAGCCCGCGCCGCGCCCCGAGGAGGAGGUACGGUUGGCGGCGCUGCCCGAGGAGCAGCGGGCCCAGGCAAGGGAGCUGCUGCAACAGGCGGCCAUGACCGCCGAGCAGCAGCGGCGGCUGGAGGUGCUGCGGCAGUAUCGGCUGGUGCCGGCUGUGACGACACUGCUGGCCGUGCGGAGCAGCCCUGCCGUGGCGGGCCUGGUGACGGCGCUGCAGGGGCACGUGUCCCCCUCGUCGGCUCGCUACGCCGCCAACCAACGGCGGGUGGUGGAGGCGGCGGUGGGGCGCCUCGGGGUGACCAGUGACCCCGCCUCCGUGCACCGCGUGUGUGCCGUCUGGGACACCAACGGGUUCGAGGUGCCGCUGGCCUCGGGCUCGCGCGUGGUGGGUCUCUUCCCCGCCGCCUCGCUGCUCACCCACGACUGCCGCCCCAACACCCAGCAGUGGUUCACGGGCGAGGGCGUGGUGGUGGUGCGGGUCGUGGCGCGGGUGGCCGCGGGGGAUGUGGUCACCACCAGCUACACGGACCCCCAGUGGGCCACGAUCCUGCGCCAGGAUCACCUGCGGCUCUCCAAGCAGUUCACGUGCACCUGUACACGAUGCCGCGACCCCACCGAGCUGGGUACCUUCCUAGGCUCCCCGCGCUGCCCGGCCUGCGGCGCCGCCCUCCUGCCCACCGAUCCCCUGGACCCUCACGCCCCUUGGAGCUGCAGCGGCCGAGCCUGCACCCACACCGCUUCUGCCGCUCAGGUGGCCGCGGUGGGGGCCAAGGUGGGCACCCAGCUGAAGGGCCUCACCCCCAACGACGUGGUCGGCCUCACCGCCCUCAGCAGGCAGCUCCAGGACACACUCGUCCCCACCCACCACGUCCUGAUGCAGUUGCACGUCUCCACGCUCAAGACUCUCUUCUCCAGGGACCUGCGGGAGCUGGGUGCCGAGGACCUUGCCACCCUCUCGGCCAUCUCGUCCAUCGUGAAGGGAGUCCUGCGGCGCCUCGAGCAGCCACUCACGCGCCUCUCAGUCAGGAUGGGCCGCGAGGAGGUGCGUCUGGUCCUGGAGAACGUGCGUCGCGGGGUGUUGACAGGGCAGGAGGCGAAGGACAGACUUGAGGAGCUGAAGGGCGUCGUGGAGGAGUGCCGCCUGGUGCUGGGAUGGGACGCCCGCAUGCCGCCCUUCGCCCCCGUCUACAGGGAGUACCAGGAGGCCUUGCAGCAGAUGUCCUCCUGAGAGUGUCAAGCUUAGAGGCGCUGCGUGGUGGUGGUGGUGGUGGUGGUGGUGGUGGUGGUGGUGGUGGUCAUGGAAGUAGGAAGGGUGGAGAGACUAAUGCGACGUUUAAGAAUCAGGCGCUAAUUUUGAAUGUGGGGUCAUGGUGUGGUUAAGGUCAGGUCAUGUGCCCGUAAGGAGUACUGGCAUGUCAUUUUGGAUUUGGGCAACGCAGGUCCCGAGAGUUUAGCAGGUCUUUUAUACACACACACACACACA